AUCAGAUUAGCUAAAAAAUUUUCUGAGACAUACAGUGAGCAGUACCUCUAGUGACACUGCAUGCAGGAUAAACUGUCAUUUCCUCACAACAACUCAACAAGUAAACAAUGGCCUUUAACAGUGACGACUAUGGCUAUGCAGUCCACUAUAACAACAGUGAAAGCGGCUUUGUGGCACAUCAUGAUGAGAUGAAAUCAGCCUUUCAUCUGUUCUCUGUUGCAUGCUGCAUCCUUACCUUCUGCCUCAGCAUGCCUGGGAAUGGCUUCCUCUUGUGGGUCCUUCUGAGGGAACGAGCUUGGAAGACCACGUCUGACAUCUUGCAUGUUCAACUCACAAUUUCUGACCUUUGCUUCACUAUGACCUUGCCUUUUUGGGCCCACACUCUACUCCAUCCCUGGAUCUUUGGAGACUGGGCAUGUAAAGUCAUAGUGGGAGCUUUUUCCCUGGGAUUCAGCAGCUACAUCCUGUUCCUCACUGCCAUGACGCUGUAUCAUUAUGUUGUCGUGGUCCACACUUCGUGUCUGUCUGCUUACCACCCAAGAAAAUUCAGUGUUCUUGUUGCGAGCAUUGUGAUAUGGCUGUUUUGUGCUGCUGUAAGCAUGAUGGAAUCAAUGUAUAGUGGCGCCAGAGAUGACAAAUUAGGUGAAAUAGAGUGUUUAUAUGGUUCACAUAUGUCAUUUUCUAUGGUGCUCUUUGCCAUCUACAUUGAAAUUGUUCUCUUUGUCAUACCCCUCAGUAUCAUUACAUUCUGCUAUGUGCACAUGUGGAUAACUAUCAAGCAGUGCAGGUUAAGCAGACAUCACCGGGCUUCAAGGCUGACACUAGGAAUAGCUGUUGGUUUUUUCCUUUGUUUGGCUCCAUAUACUAUUGUGAUCUUUAUAAUCUCCCUGGAGAUGCUGGGUGUACUGGACAUCACAGCUAAUUGGAGCCAGGCAAUGCAUAAUGGGCUGUACUUAAUUGACACACUGCCUUACUUCCGCUGCUGCCUGAAUCCACUGUUCUAUAUAUUUGGAGCACAAAGGUUUAGGAGAUAUCUGCCCAUGCCAUGUAACAUUUCAUCCCAAAGAAGAGGUGGGAGUCAGAGUCAGUUGAGUUUAAUGACAGACACCUCUGUGACCCAACAAGCCUCCGUGUGACCAACAGCAAAAUUCACUGAAUAAUCAACCAUGAUCACACUUAUUAUUUAAUCUCAAACCCCAAUGACUGUAUUAAUGUUCAGUAAGACCCAACCCUGUUAGAUUUAGAUGCUGUUGCUAUGCUGGUCAAGCUUUCAGUUUUUGCACAAUACAUAAUGCAGUUUACAAUGAAACCAAUGCUACCACUUGAAAUUCUUAUUAAUUUUUUAAAAACAAUGUAUUCUUGAUUUCAGAAAGAGGAAGACAAAAGCAGGCUCCUGAUUUCUAGUUGGUGAGUGUUGAAAUGACAGAAAAGUGCAAAUUUCAUCAGCUGUAGCUAGCUAGAUAAUUAAGUUUAUCUUCAGUUGGUUGAAACGGCCAUCUGACUCGUUUUAAAAGGAGAAUCUUGGAAAAGUAGUUAAAUUAGCCCCAGUUUGUGUCUAUGGGUUUCUCUAAAAGAUUACGCUAACUGUCGAUGUUUGAAAACCCAGAAUACCCUCACCGGUUACAUCUGUGACCCAAAUGUAUGAUAAUACAUGAAAGACACAAACCAGGGCUUGGGUUAAUGAUUGGUGUAAAUGAUAUUGUACUAAAAGACUGAGGCUAAAGCUGCAGGCAUGGAAAUAAAAAAGCAGCAUAUUGUUCUUGCAUUGCAGAGUAUAACUAGUUAAUAGAGUUAUUUCUUUCUAACAUUUUGGCUGCUUAGCUUAAAUAUUGAAAUACUCUCAUUUUCCAAGAGUAUGCUUUCACUUAUGUUACUAGAGAAAAGGCUUCCAGGACUUGGACUAAUGAUGUGUUUGGCAAACAUAAUGCUAUUUUAGCCAACAUUGGUGGGAGCUUAAGUUUCCCCGAAUCCACUAAAGAACACGAUAGAGCUGCUAACGUUACCCUAAACUCUGAUCAGGACAGGAGGUAACAGAGAGCAGUUAGGAACAAGAACGCUGAUGAAUCAUUUGACAGAGAACUUUAACUUACUCUUGUAGGUUUGUUUAGAGGUGAUCAAAAUGAUACAUAAUGAAACAAGAUACAGGAAGCAGCAAAACCACUCAAAUUUUGGGCUAUAUAUGCAAGAGGAAGAGUGCCUUCUCUAAUGAAACAAAAUUCGAGUCUCAUCCUGAAAAUGAAGCAUUUGUAUCAAAUGAUUAACCACAGCAUACAUAAUGUGCAACAUAAUUAAAGACUCCAUAUGUGUUUUUUUAAAAAUCUGCAAGUUAGCAAUAGAAGUACGAUGAUUUAAAGGACCGGUGUGUAAGAUUUAGUGGCAUCUAGCGGUGCCCUCUCUAGAGCCAGUGUUUGGUCUGUCUGUUCUG